GUUUAAGAGGUUUAAAGUUGAAAUUAGAAAUGAGUGAAAAAAAGAAAGGGAAACUCCCUGAUAGAGAAUCCUUUUAUAAGUACAACAACAAUUUCAUGAGAGAAGAAGAAGAAGAAGAUGAUGAUGAAAAUAUAAUCAGAGAGCAAGAUCGUUUACUUCCAAUAGCUAAUGUUGGAAGGAUUAUGAAACAAAUCUUGCCUCCAAAUGCAAAAAUAUCAAAAGAAGCCAAAGAAACGAUGCAAGAAUGUGUGUCAGAGUUUGUUAGCUUUGUAACUGGUGAAGCUUCUGACAAGUGUCACAAGGAGAAACGCAAGACGGUGAACGGUGAUGAUGUUUGUUCGGCUUUUUCUACUUUAGGGUUUGAUGACUAUGCUGAACCAUUGAAGAGGUAUUUGAAUAAAUUUAGAGAAUUGGAUGUCCAAAGAUCCAACCAAAAUAAGGGUGGUAACAUUAAUUAGCAAUCACUAAUUCAAUCCAAUGCUUCUUCAUUUCAUUUUCUACUUUUCUCCUAACCUUUAUUUCAGAUCUAUUUUAGUUUUUGGGUUGACUCAUCUAUCCUUAUAUCAUAUGAGCUAUGGCCAAUAUAUGUAUACCCAUCUAUUUUUGUUUUUUUUUUUUUAUAAAAUAAAUUAAAGUUUAGAUGAAUUGGAUUAUAAAGGUUCGUUUCA